AUGGAAGAGUUCAGAUGCAGCUACCCUGGCUGCGAUCAUCGAUACAGCACUAAAUUUAACUUAAAUCGUCACGUCAAAGUCUGCCACGUUGGGGUUAGAUUUGAAUGUGAUGAGUGCGAUAGAAAAUUAUCAUCGGCCCAGAACCUGCAAGAUCACAUGUACGUCCACACAGGAGAAAAGCCUUAUGCGUGCAAGGCGAGAGGAUGCAAAAAAAGAUAUCGUCAAAUUAGUCAAUUGUCAGUUCACAGGAAAAAGCAUAGAGCAAAUAAGGCCAAAAUGGAGGACCUGUUUGUGGAGUUGAAAAUCAAGAUUUUCAUUGAUGAUAAAUGUGAAGAUUAUAAGAUCCCAUUAGGACCUUUUACCGCAGAAAAUAGCAUACUACCACCGCUACUGAUAUAA